GUUUUAUUGACUGUAUUAAGCAGUAGUAUCUAGUAGGUAGUUGUGGCAUUCGACGUCUCACUACUUACUUUGUUCCGCGAACGGUAACUGAACGAUAUCAGUGGUGUACUAAUGAACUAAGGUACAACGCACAUGCAAUUUGUUUAACAUGUGAUGUGAUGCAUAUGUGGUUUUUAAACACGUCCGAUUGUCUUGUUUUCGGUUUUAAUAUCAGUUCGUCAUGUUUCCCUUAAUUAAUUGGAUUAUCGAUCAAUUCGCCAUUUUUGUAAAAGAUGACGACAAUGAUGAUAAAUUGUUAAAUCCAUUUUCAAUUGCAUUGUACAUGCUAUUUCCUGUAAGUGCAUUAAUUUUCGUUCUCGCCAAAAAGGAACACCAAUCCAAGUUACUGGUUCUACUCGACCGGAAUUGCAUAUCGGUGAUAUGUCCAUCCUUUAGUAAACGAAGAAAAAUCCUGAAAUGGGCAAGCGGAAGACUGCCAUUGAAUUGGUCGUCUCACUUAAAAACUCUAUCGGGUGGAAUAGUGGAAUUUUGGAACGAUGGUUCCUUGCUAUGUACCCUAAUUAAUACUGCAGUUCCUGGGGCAUGUCCUAAUCCGCACAGGCACUGGAAAAAAUCACCAGUACAUGCACAAGCGGUUGCAUACAAAUACCUAGGAGUUUUACCGCAAUUUACUCAUAAGGAUUUUGAAGAUAAAUUUCCUGUUCAAGAGAGACGGUUCAUUAAUUUUCUCUACGAAAUACAUCAAGCCAUAAACACAGGUCCAUCAGAAAAAGAUGUAUUGGAACAGACAUUUUCAGUGGAGUAUUUGGCAAGAGGAAUGGGCCUUUGUGCUGGAGAAAGGCAUCGCAAAGUGACAUUCUACAUUUAUCCGCAUAAGAAAACGAGAACCAUAAACACAAUUUGUAUAACAAUCCGUGGACCUUUCAGCACGUUUGGGAAAAGAACGUUUAACUACCCAAACGUGCAAAAUUUUUCACAGUCAAACAACAAAACCAAUGCUCAAGAAAACAAUUCUUCGAUAUUUGCAUCUUUUGCUCUAGAUUUAACAUUAUUUUUAGGAAAAGAUAAACACAGAGACAUUGAUGAUAUUCCAGUGGAAAUAGAAAUUGAAAAGGAACGUAUUAGAGUGACAUACAUACCAAAAAAUUAUGGCAUGUACGAAAUAAAACUUUUGUCCGAUAACGAAAUUAUAUCAGGCAGUCCGUACAACAUACACAUCAUAGAUAAUACUACAAAUAAAAUUGAUACUUUUGAUAAUAAACCCACAAAAAUUAACAAACCUGUGCAUAUUAUAAAGGAUACUAGAACCACUAUUAAAGGGUCAAAUUUUACAACAAACAAAAACCCUGAUUUACCAAUAAUAACAAUAAAAGAUAUAGAAAAAAUUAUAGAAGAAAAAGCAAUUACGGAUGAUAUCGUAGACUUAAAUAAUUCUAAGAACUAUCAUAAUCAAAUAAAAAAUAAUAAUAAAUUAAGGAAUGUAAAUGAAGACAAAUGCAUAAAAUCUUUUGUAGAUAAAUUUCAAGCUUCACCAAAUUGUAGUGUACCUAUUCUUGGAGAAAUUACCAAUGUAAAUAAAUCUGAGAAAAAGGCAGAACCAAUUUUUAAAAUAGUUACUUCCCCAAUAUGUCCUAACCAUAUUGUUCCAGAAGUAGUAGAAAAAAAUCUAAAUGAUAAAAGAAAAUCACUUCAGAAACAAAGUAUAGUAGAAACAAUUGAAGACGUAGUAAAUUCCUCCUUUUCCGAUAGUGAAAACGAAGAUAAUUUAAUGUCUUCAGGUGAUUUCUCUAAAAGUCUUCCGAAUCUUUCAGAAUCUUGUCAGGAAAGUAAGAGUAUUUUUUUAAAGAAUAAGGCAUUCUGGGAAACUGUGUCUAAAUCAUCCUUAAAUACCACUAUGCCAAAAAGUACUCCAGUGCCUGUAAUUAAGAAAAACAUAUUUUCUUCGUUAGAUAAUGUUUCUAUUUAUCAAGUUCCUCAUAAAGAAAUUAAAACCUAUAAAUCUAUAGAUAAUUCGCUGGAUUAUUGUACAAUAUUUACCAUAAAGCAAAGAAAGCAGUUUUUAAUGAAAACAGAAUGUGAAACGGACAAUGCCAAGAUGAAUAACAUAUCAAACUGUAUGAAAUUUACCAACUUUGAAAAUGAUGAUAGUAAAUGUAAACCACAAGGAAACAAUUGCUCUGAUAAGGUGGAGAAGGAAAGUAUAUCCACCAACAAACUGUAUAAAGAAAACUUUAUCCGCAACGAUUUCAGAAAUGCAGACGAGUCUUCAUUGUUAAAAUCUCAUUUUUCAAAUUCGGUAAAGUACUUUAAACAGCUGGAACGAACGUUAAAACCAAAAAAAAAAAUAAUAUAUACCAAAAAUUAAAGUAAAAAAAUGUAUGUGAGUGGCAAAACUAUACAAAGUUUAAAGUAUUUGUUAUAUUAAUUUGUAAAUAA